ACAAUUCAUAGAACAGCACACGGCACGCUUUCGGAGCCGACAGCGAACAGAGGGCUAGUCAGGUACAUCAGACCCCCUUGUGUGCGUUCCCAAAGCGUCGGUGCACCUGGUUAGAAUCACAGCGUGCCGAGAUGGUGACCACAAGACUUCAAGAAAAGCUGGGCCACGAGACGCCCAACUCAUCCGGGAUUGAGAACACAUCCAGCGCGAAAGGGUCCCCAUCAGUGACCAGAGCUUCGAAAGGGCGCGGCACUCCGAGGAAAACAGAAUCCAAGAGCGCAACGGCUUCCAAAUCUUCUCGAGUAACCAUAGAAAUCGGGCCAUCGCCACUAGCCCAGCACGCGACGCCGGCGGCAGAUGACAAGAAAGAACUACCCGAGCGCUUAAAGUCGCCCUCAACGUUCUACACGCCCGGCAAAACUCCAGCGAACAAGAGAAAGCGUUUCGCCAGCGACGAGCCGGAGGACUCCAUACUCGAAACGUUCAAGACGCCGGCGGAGUAUCCCCGAACUCACAACGAAAUCCCCAGCACCGAAGACGAAGAUGAUGACGAUGAUGCUCCCGAGGUUCUCAGCAGCAAAGCAACUCCUCAGAAGGCCCGGGGAGCGCCAACUCGUGCUGGCCGCGGCAGCGGUCGUAAACGAAGAAAGGCAGCCACAGACGUCGCUAACGACGCGAGCAUUAUACUCGAGUCCGACACCGUCGACGUGGCAAGAACACAGCCGACGCUGGAUGAGGCACUGGCAGAGGCCGAAGCGGAAGUCAACGAGGGAGUCGCGUCGGAUGCCACUGCUGUAGGUGACCAGGUCGAUGCUACCCAUAUACCUACUACCACUACCAACCCGCCCCUGGAAGAGACCAAUGCCGCUACAUCGCAUGAGGCGGCAUCGGCCAGUGCAGAUACCUCCGCAGCCGUGGACUCUGUCGAUGACCCUCAGAGCACAAGUCUGGAAGAUCGUCCCGAGGCUUUAGAGGAUACCAUCACCGUCAAGUCUGUACCUGAAGCGGCGGACAUGGAUUGCCAGCGCAAAACCGCAGCAGAUGCCGACAAGCUUGAAAGUACGGAAACACCAGACGAACAUCUGUCCAGUACGCCAGAUAGUGCUACGGUACCUGGACCUGAAGCUGAAGCUGAACCCGAACGCGAAACCAAAGUCCCAGCUCCUUCAUCAACCAUCACACUGCAAGAACCCAGCGACUCAGCGCCCCUCCCAGAACCAUCGGCGACGAACCCAACCACGACAUCCCUCUCGUCAGAACACAUCCCGACCUCGGCGAUCAGAACCACCGCCCAAAAACCACAAUCCCAAUCCCACUCGAACCUCAACAAAGCCAAGUCCGCAAAGACCUCGUCAAUCUCGACCCGUCAGCAACCCGCCUCGGCGCUACUUCACGAGCAUCUUCCAAAACCGAAGCCGACCUCCUUGCACGACUUCCGCAGCCGUCUUCUCAACCGACAUCCUCGCACUACCAAUUUCGGACCACCGGGACAUAAGAGGGUCAAGUUCGUGGGUGCCUGAUAAGACGCAUCACCACCGAUCAGCUGGGCCGGCAACUCUGGUAUAGGUGUGAUCCUCUCCCGUGGAAAGGCGAUGCGCAAUGGUCUUUGGGGAGAGCUUUCUUUUUCAUUUGCGAAGUUUGACGGUUUCGGUCAUUGCACUAAGCCAGCUGAAACGCAUCCAGCGCUUGGGGUAGGUAGUAAUCACUCUGGACAUUCAAGGUAUAUUCAUC